AUGAUCCGAACAGAGAAGCUCGCUUCUACCCAUGCUCUCCAAGGUGCCUUACUCCUGAGCAAGAGCCCUGACCCUGGCUACUUCACCUGCCUUUCAUCUUGCCCUUGUACAGCUGGAUUCUCCACGAACUGCUGUCAAGACCCUCCAUUCUGUGCCCUCGAACCCACCUGCAACGGACGCCCGCAGCUACCCCCGGUUCCCGCCAUCUUAGCAGUUGCAACGACAAUGGACAACGCAGACCCUGGCGCAUCUAUUCUAGGCAUAACUGUACCACCUGCUGCAUGCCGCAGGGAACCGCCAUCAAACCUGCAAGGGCAGGCUUCUUACGAACCGGUCAAAGCAUACAGCAAACGGCAUACAGUAUGCAGCCCCUAG